AUGUCUGAGGAUGUCCGGGCGGCCGUGGGCAAGAUGUCCCGGGUACUGCGCCUGGCCAAAGAUCGCGCCAACACGCAGUUCGGGAAGGUCCGAGAACGAGCCAAACGAUUCAGCUUGGGAGGAUCUCCAACCACCAGCCAGAGUGCUCCAAGUGCAACAGAGAGCAGUUCUGCGUUCAUGGAGGACCCGGACCAAAAGGUGAAGCAGCUCAUGGACCUGGGCUUCUCUGAGGCGGCUGCUCGGCACGCACUGAGAGCUUGUGGUGGACACCUGGACAUUGCGGGCCCGUGGCUGCUGGACGAGCAGAAUGCUGACGAGCUCCUUGCUGCCGAGGUGGCAGCUCAGGAGGUGGGUUCCCCAGCACGCCCCCCGCUGGCCGCAGGAGGCCGCGCCAGGGUGACGGGCUUGCAAACUGCGAGCGCGGCGGCGUUGAAUGGCAGUGACGUGCUCCUACAAAAGUGGGAUGCAGCAUCCCAGCGUUGGAUUGUGAGCAUGCCGGAUGGGACUGUGAAGUCUAUUCGGCCACAGAAUCUAGAUCCCCUGUAUGCAAGUCCGCAUGGCCGACCGGUGCAUGAAGACGAGCCGGCUGAACAAACUGAGCAGACUGAGCAGAGAUACUCUGCGGGACAACCUGAGCAGUCUGGGCAGCAUCAGGCCGGGCCCGCUUCAGCGUCGGCGGCCGCGCCAGAGGAUGAGAGGAGCGAUUUAGAUCGUGAGGAGCUGAAGAUUCUGGCUCGCACCAUGCUCGAGAGCACCGGGCAGCCUCGCCAGCAGUCUGUGACCGAUGAGGUCUUGGAAGCCCUUUCAGAGGCCGACUUGUUGGAGCUUAUUGAUGGCCUCAGCCGAGAUCUCUUCGUCAGGACAGAUGGCCAGCAGGAAGCACAGGAACCUCCGGCCAGGCCAGACGUGGCCGGGAAGAUUGUCGAGCUGGAGCUUGAGGAAACUCGACUCCGGUCCCUGGCAGAGGCACAGGCCAAGCGGGCGGAAGAGUUAGAAGCACGAGAGGCAGCCUUGCAGGAAGCCGAAGCAGCUCUGGAAAGGCGCAGGUCCGAAGGAAAGGAGCCCGCAGAGGCAUCGGCGCCAGCCGUGCGCAUCCCUUUCGUGGCACCGAAGGAAGACAUGCAAGACGCCUCGCCAACUUCCACAACUUUGGAGGCGGAGCGGGCAGAACUGCAGCGCCUUCGAGAAGAGGCAUCCGAGAUGCAAACAUGGGCACACGUGCGGAUGAGUGUGGAAGCUGCCGCCAAAGACCUGGAGCUGAGGCAAGAGGCCGCGAAGCUGGAGCUUGAGGAAACUCGACUCCGGUCCCUGGCAGAGGCACAGGCCAAGCGGGCGGAAGAGUUAGAAGCACGAGAGGCAGCCUUGCAGGAAGCCGAAGCAGCUCUGGAAAGGCGCAGGUCCGAAGGAAAGGAGCCCGCAGAGGCAUCGGCGCCAGCCGUGCGCAUCCCUUUCGUGGCACCGAAGGAAGACAUGCAAGACGCCUCGCCAACUUCCACAACUUUGGAGGCGGAGCGGGCAGAACUGCAGCGCCUUCGAGAAGGGGUGGAAGCUGCCGCCAAAGACCUGGAGCUGAGGCAAGAGGCCGCGAAGAGAGCAGCAGAAGAGCGUGAGCUGCAGUUCUUGGAAGAGGAGUCGGCGCAAGGGCCUUGGUUGAAUGCCUAG